GUCCACGCCGCCGCAGUCUGUUUCGCCCACACUAAGAUCUGUUCCCAAGAUUGAGAGCCCCGACAGCAGCAGCAGCAUGUCCAGCGGCAGCCCGCACAGCAUCCCGUCCACCCGCUCUCUCAGCCUGGACAGCGCCGGCGAGCAGCAGCAUCACCACCAGGGCCAGGCCCCCGCGCAGGGCUUCAGCGUGGAUAACAUCAUGACCUCCCUCCGCGGCUCGCCCCAGAGCUCCGGCGAGCUCACCCCGUCUCUCGUGGCCUCCUCACGGACAGGUAUAACUCCCAUGUUGUCCCUGAACUAUUCUCCCAAUCAGACGUCCGUGUAUAGCUCGCCCUGCAGCCAGAACUCGAUCUCGACUACCUCCAACGCCACCUAUCAUUGCAACAUGCAGGCCAUGAGCUUGUACGCGGGCGGGGAUCGCUCGGGCCACUUGGCCACCACUACCACCGUGGACGAAACUCCGCCAGAUUACUCGAUCACGACUACCACGUCGCCCCUAAGCCACGGGAAUCCUCAGGAGGGCCACCAUGCACACCAAGGGCGCCUCGCCUCAUGGUACCUAAACCAGGCCGGAGACAUUGGCCAUCUAGGCCCCACGUACCCGGCGCAGCAGCAGAACUUCCAUUCGGUUCGAGAGAUGUUUGAAUCGCAGAGAAUCGGUCUGAAUAAUUCACCGGUUAACGGGAAUAACAGCUGUCAGAUGUCGUUUCCUCCGAGUCAGCCUAUAUACCGCACGUCGGGGGCUUUUGUGUAUGACUGCAGCAAGUUUUGACCAAACAAGUAUUUUUCGUUCUUCUUCUUCGUUUUGUUGUUGAUUUUGCCUUUUCACGAUACCGAGAGACCUUGAUAGUCUACUUACCGACUCUACCCCCGUGACGGACUGAACAGAAACCGAACACAAACGCGAGUCAGACACACUUGAUCUCGGUUUGUUAAGGACAGUGUUACUUCGAAUAACACGUAAGUCUUCUUCGUUUUUGUGAGCUAUAUGCUGGGCUGUGUUGACUUGCGUCAGACGUUUAUGGACUUGUUAUUACGUGUAAAUUGCAUAUAGUAAUUUAUUUCUAAAGUGUAGCCGGAUAUUAUGGACCAAACACCAAAAAGUGUUUCUAAGUUGAAUUGCAUUCAUUGUCCAAAUGUUCCACUAUAACAAGGAACGUAACAUGUAUAACGCCAUAUUCUUUCAAAUUAUCUCCUUUUGUUGAAAAAGUAUUCUGAAGGAACUGCAUUGUUUGUUUAAUAAAUUGC